AUGGCGGCGGCGCCGCCGCCGGACGGGCAGGAGAAGGUGAUUGCGGCGGCGCAGCACAUCGUCAAGUCGCUCGCCAGCUCCAAGAACGCCGCCGACGACAUGAUCCGCAUCCUCUCCGGCUUCGACAACCGCCUCUCGCUCAUGUCCGACCUCUUCCCCCCUCCCCCUUCCGCCACCGUCGAUUCCAUCCUGGAGACGGACGAGGGGACCUCGCAGGGGGAGGGGGACGGGGACGACCCCGACCCCGACGAGGACGACGCCGUGGCCCGGGCCGAGGCGGAGUGGGACGCGGCGGCCGAGGUGAUCGAGCGCUGGGAGUCCCCCGCCGCCGGGGACGCGCUGGUGUUCGACUCGCGGGAGGACGCCGAGGAAUACCUCGCCGCGGCCGCCUGCCUCGCGGGCGCGCCGGGCCCGCGCGCCGACGCCGCGCUGCAGGCCGCCAUGGCGCGGCUCCAGGACGAGUUCCGCCACCUGCUCGUCCUCGGGGCGCCGCCACUCGCCGCCGAGGACCUCCAGGCCUCGCUCCUCCGCCGGCUCUCGCUCACGGUGCCCUCCUUCAACUCCUCCGCCGUAGACCUAGACUGCCCCUCCUUCGCCCAGCACCACGCCGCCGCCGCAGAGGGGGCAGACGAGCAGCAGGGCGGCGGCAGGAGCUCCGCCUCCGACGACGAGAUCUCGCCCUACCUCAUCGCCCCGGACACCGUCAGCGCGCUCAGGGAUAUCGCCGAGGUCAUGCUGCGCGCGGGCUACGCGCCCGAGCUGUGCCAGAUCUACGGGGAGGUGCGCAGGGACACGCUCAUGGAAUGCCUCGCCGUGCUCGGGGUCGACAAGAUGAGCCUCGAGGAGGUUCAGCGGGUGGAGUGGGGCGUGCUUGACGGCAAGAUGAAGAAGUGGAUCCAGGCGCUCAAGGUCGUUGUCCGGGGCCUCCUUGCUGAGGAGCGCCGCAUCUGCAGCCAGAUCCUUGCGGCCAACCCUAACGCCGAGGAGGAGUGCUUCACUGAGGCGGCCAAGGGCUGUGUCCUGCAGAUGCUCAACUUUGGUGACGCCAUUGCGAUUGGGAAGAGGUCCACAGAGAAGCUGUUCCGCAUCCUUGGUAUGUAUGAGGUGCUAGCUGAGGUGCUGCCAGAGCUUGAGGGUUUGUUCUCCGGUGAGGCAAAGGAUUUCAUCAAGGAGGAGGCUGAGGGAAUACUCGCGCGGCUCGGGGAUGCAGUGCGUGGCACGAUUGAAGAAUUUGCUAAUGCCAUACAGGGAGAGACUUCUCGGAGACCACUGCCUGGUGGGGAGAUCCAUCCCCUUACCCGCUAUGUCAUGAACUAUGUGCGGCUUCUUGCGGAUUACAAUGCCUCGCUAAAUAAGCUUCUGGAAUGUUGGGAUACUGAGAUGACUGGGGUUGAUAAUCCAAACAUGACUCCAUUGGGGCACUGCGUGCUCAUGUUGAUCACACACCUACAGUGCAAGAUUGAUGAGAAAUCGAGGCUGUAUGAGGAUGAGGCGCUGCAGAAUAUAUUUUUGAUGAACAAUCUGCUGUAUAUUGUGCAGAAGGUGAAGGAUUCAGAGCUCAAGACAUUGCUUGGUGAUAACUGGAUUCGCAAGCGUCGUGGUCAGAUAAGGCAAUACUCUACAGGGUAUCUCCGGUCGUCAUGGACUAGGGUUUUAGCUUGCCUGAGAGACGAUGGGCUUCCACACACAAUGGGUUCAUCAAGCCAACUCAAGGUUGCACUGAAGGAUAGAUUCAAAAACUUCAACUUGGCCUUCGAGGAGUUGUGCAGGACACAGACAUCAUGGAGGGUUGUGGAUCCUCAGUUAAGAGAAGAGCUGAAGAUUUCCAUCUCCGAGAAGGUUCUUCCAGCAUACCGUUCAUUUGUUGGAAGAUUUCGGGGACAACUAGAGGGAGGGAGGGGUUCUGCAAGGUAUAUAAAGUACAACCCUGAUGAUUUGGAGAACCAGGUCUCAGAUUUUUUUGAAGGGAGAAAGCCAAAUGCUUGA